AUGGAGAGGAGCAGGGAUGGGCGAGCCGACGAUGAUUGGAGAGAGGAGAGGUGCGAGACCGGAGAGGAGACCGACGGCGGGGAGCGGGAGCGGCGGCUGCGGCUGCGGGAGCGAGAGAGGUUGUCUCCAUGUCUAACGAACGACGCGCCAACGCCGGGCCGGGCGGGCUUCAUCGACCCAUGGAUAAAACGCGGGUCUGUGCGAGGCCUCGCGCCCUGGACAGAAAUGCCGGCUGAGAUCGCGCCACCGCCGCCGCCGCCGCCCCAGGCCGCCGCGCAGGCCCGCGUCUUCUCCGUCGCCGACUACGGCGCGGCCGGCGACGGCUCGCGCUACGACACGGCGGCGAUCCAGGCCGCCAUCGACGCGUGCGCGGCGGCGGGGGGCGGCCGCGUGCUCCUCCCGGCGCCCGGGGACUACCUGACGGCCACCGUCCACCUCCGCUCGCGGGUGGUGCUCGAGGUGGCCCCCGGCGCGCGCCUGCUGGGCGGGACCAGGCAGCAGGACUACCCGCCCGAGUCCAGCCGCUGGUACGUCGUGCUCGCCGAGAACACCACCGGCGCGGGCGUCACCGGCGGCGGCGAGAUCAACGGCCAGGGCGGCGCCUUCGUGAUCACGCCCAACGCGCAGAAGAAUGUCAUGGUGAGCUGGAACGUCACGGGGGACUGCCAGGGCGACGAGUGCCGGCCCCGGCUCGUCGGCUUCCUCGACUCCAAGGACGUCAUGAUCCAUGACAUCACUCUCAACCAGCCGGCCUACUGGUGUCUGCAUCUUGUCAGGUGUGACAACUCAGUGAUCCGCAAUGUCUCUAUAUACGGGGAUUUCGACACCCCCAACAAUGACGGGAUCGACAUCGAGGGUUCAAACAACACGAUCAUCGCCGAUUGCCACAUAGACACUGGAGAUGAUGCGAUCUGCCCCAAGUCCGGCACAGGGCCUGUUUACAACCUGACUGCGACAAACUGCUGGAUCAGGACUAAAUCUUCUGCCAUCAAAUUUGGAAGUGCGAGCUUUUUCAACUAUGAGAGGCUGGUCUUCGACAACAUAACUAUAGUUGAUUCGCAUCGGGGACUUGGAAUUCAGAUCCGUGAUGGAGGUAACGUUAGUGAUGUGGUGUUUUCGAACAUCAAAAUGCGCACCAGAUACUACGAUCCUUCAUGGUGGGGGAGGGCAGAACCGAUCUACAUCACUACCUGCCCAAGGCACGCUGGUUACAAAGAAGGCACCAUUUCAGAUGUUCGUUUCAUCAACAUCUCAUCGGUUUCAGAAAAUGGGGUUUUUCUGGCUGGAUCGAGCCAUGGCCUGCUCCGCAACCUGAAGUUCAAGAACGUCGACCUGACCUACAAGAGAUUGACAAACUAUACCGGGGGCAUGUAUGAUUAUAGGCCUGGGUGCCAGGAGAUGGUGAAGCACAAGACCGGUGGUAUGAUGCUGGAGCACAUCUCUGGCCUGGAGAUCGACAAUGUCAAUAUGAGAUGGUCCAAAGGAAGCCUGAAAGGCUGGGAUGUUAAUCCGCUCCUCUUCCGGCCAUCGACUGUUGAUGGGCUGUCAUUCCAUGACUGGACAUCGCUAGAUGUUCAAUAGCACACCAACUGAACCUGAAAUUUUGUACGUGUAUCUGUAUCACGAAUUCACACGAUGAAUAAUUGGCGAUUCUUUUGUGAAAUGUUUCAAUAAAAGAUCAAACAGCAACA